ACUCAUAUAAUGGACGUAUUUCCUAUCACAAAUUACAACUCACAAUUCACUUCCACGAAGCAACAUGGAAUUCAUUACGAGUAGUAGAGGCGCACCAAAGCUUUGCUUUGAUAGUUUUACGUACACGAAGAAGAAAAGCAGCAAGACCACCAUCACCUGGGAGUGCUCACAGAGACGCACCUUGGAAUGCAAAGGAGCAGUUAUUACUGACAGUCCAGCCACAGAGAUUCGUUCCUCACGAGAGCACAACCACGAGAAAGACGACUCCCAUGUCGGUGGUUUAAAGGUCCGGAAAGAAAUCCAGCUCAGCGUUCAGGCGAACAGAGGGUGGCCAGGUCAGAUCAUCGCCGACAAGAUGUUCUCUCAACCUGUCGAGAAUUUGCUACACCCACCCACUCCAUACAAUGUACCAGUAACCACAUCCCCAGGUCCGAACGUUUGGUCCAGCCCAUCCUGGGUAAAUUCCCUGUCAUGA